AUGAAGGCCACAACAACCGAACCGUCUUCGCAGGUCCUUUCCCUGGUGUCCUCGUUCCUCGCCGACCAUGGCUUUCACUCGACCAUCAAGACUCUCAAGAAAGAACUCAAACGGAUGAAUCAGUCGGUCGAGGUUCUCGCACUCGGAGAUUCGCAAGACGGCGCCAAUCUACAAGACAUUGUCGAGAAUUGGAACAAACAAGAGCUAUUACAACCUUCACAGUCUACCUCGGACGGCAGCACGUCGGACCAGAGCGAGGGCACGACGUCAGAGUCGGUAUCAGAGUCCAGCAGUGCAAGCAGCGGUGAAGAGAGUGACGCGGGUGCUAACAGCGAGCUAUCUACACCCGAGUCCGAGUCCGAGUCCGGGUCAGGGACCGAUGAGGAGAAAGUGAACACAAAGCAACGCUCAAAAGCGAAGAGAGUCAAGGUCAACAAGAGAGAAACGUCGCCGUCCACAUCUUCAUCAGCGUCCUCCGACAGCGAUGCUGAUGACGAGCGAGAGACUAGUGCCAAAGCAAAACCCAAGGCUACACGGAAGAAAUCUCCAACGACUUCGAAAGUAGCUGGACCAGUCCGCAUUCUCAAGCGGAAAGCAUCAUCCAGCUCAUCAGAAUCGUCUUCUUCAGACUCAGACUCGGACUCGGACUCAGACUCGUCAGAGGAUGAUCGGCCGGCAAAGCGAGCAAAGAUAGAUGCCAACGAUGACACAGACAAGACGUCGUCAAGUGAGAUGUCUUCUUCAAGCUCGGCGGAAGAGUCAGAUGACGCCGGAGAUUCAUCGGUUGAAGAGGAAGAGGAGGAUCAAGCAAGACCGGAUGGUGUGACCGAGCCCAUGUCUGAUUCAUCCUCAGGCACAGUCACGGGAGAUGUUAUUGAGCCCGCAAGAUCUGAGCCUGAAGUACUUGCCAACAAAAGCGACAAGCAAUCGGUGGCCACCAAGAAGAAGCAUGUGGGUGCAAGACCAACUCCGCUGGCGCAACUAUCAGCCCAGGCAACCCCGGACUCUCAUAUUAGCAACGCCUAUCGAAGCUAUGACUACGCCGAUCGAGCAUACAAUGACUUGUCUGUCACCCGAGGCAAGGGGUUUACAAAGGAGAAGAACAAGAAGAAGCGGGGAAGCUAUCGUGGAGGAGCCAUUGACAUUAGUGGUGGAAAGAGCUUCAAAUUCGAUGACUGA